AUGCUAAUUCCGAGCAGGGAAAGUCCAUGUCUACCUAAUAUCGGCAAUAACAACAAUAAAUUCUACUACCUCCAACUCCUCGAAAGCGAUGCUAGCAAGACAUACUCCGUAUUCGCUCACUGGGGCCGUGUAGGAGAUAGGGGAAAGGACUGGGCAAGACGCACUGAGGCUUUGGGUGGUGCGGGAAAGUAUACCUUUCUCGAGAGGAAUUACGAAGAGGAUGAGGAUGAUCAGGAUGAGGAGAUGAAGGAUGCGGAGGAAGUUAAGAGUAAGCUCAGCAAGGCUUUGCAGAAUCUUAUUGGUUUGAUCUUCGAUACGAAGUUGAUGCAACAAUCAAUGUCCUCCAUGUCCUAUGAUGCUGCAAAACUUCCUCUAGGAAAACUCUCAAAAUCAACUAUCUUUCAAGGCUACCAAGUCCUCAAGGACCUCGGCCAAGUAAUUGAAGAAGCACCCGGCUGGCAAAGGGACUAUACAGGAUACGGUCGCGACAAGAACGAGAUCUUGACUCGCCUGUCGAACCGCUACUAUUCCAUUAUCCCCCACGUCUUCCCGGGACGCGGACGACCCACAAUCAUUAACGCGGGCCACCUUCUCAAACGGGAAGUCUCGCUCGUGGAGAACUUGGCAGAUAUGGUCAUCACGACGAAACUGCUGAAGGAAACCAAAGCUGAGAAGUCACCCGACGUGAACAUCCUCGACAAGCAAUUCGAUAGCCUGGGUCUCAACGAGGCAACCGCGCUCGACCGCUCUAGCAAAGAAUUCAACUUCCUUGAAGCAUACGUGAAGAAGACGCAUGGUCACACGCACUACCAAAAACUCCAUGUGGAGGAGAUCUUCCGCGUGCACCGCGCGAUUGAAGAAGAGCGCUGGCGCGCCGAUGGCUGGGACAAACUCUCGAACUCCGACCGUCGCCUCCUCUGGCACGGCUCUCGCACCACCAACUUCCCUGGUAUCCUCUCUCAAGGCCUGCGUAUCGCACCGCCUGAGGCCCCCGUCAACGGAUACAUGUUCGACAAAGGCAUUUACCUCGCCGACAUCGUCAGCAAGAGCGCGAACUACUGCUGCGCUUCCGCCUCCGAUAAUACUGGUUUACUCCUCCUCUGCGAAGCCCAGCUCGGUGAUCCUAUGUACGAGUGCGAGAACGCGGAUUACCGUGCUGCAACAAAGUGCAAGCAGACCGGUCGGUUGGCUACGAAGGGACUUGGCUGCACGGCGCCACUAAAGUGGGAGGAUGCGGGCAUUGUGCACAGGGACUUGAGUGGCGUGCAGAUGCCCCUGGUCACUGGGCAGGAGGCGAAUGUCACUGGAAAUGUCAAGAAGGGGGGUAAUAGCUGGUCGUCGCUGGAAUACAACGAGUACAUCGUCUACAACGUCUCGCAGGUCAAGAUUAGAUAUUUAUUUAGGGUCAAGUUUAGUUAG